GGGUCUCGAAUGCCUGGCAACCGAUCGAGUACAAUUCCUACGCCGAGAUCGAGCGGCAUACUAUGAACUUCUUCGAUUAUUAGAAGAGCAAGGCUUACAAAGAGGACCUUCCUCAAAUCCGUGAGUUGAUCGUCGUCGUCGUCGGGGACGGAUGGGAUAUCAAUAUGUUGUUCCAGUUGGAGUGCGCGAGUGAAGGAAAUCCAAAAGUCUUGGCGCCGUCCGGACUGAUCAGAAUCGAUCAGAAUUGCUCUCUGAGAUCCAUCAGAGAUCCCCCGAGCUCUCCACUGCUGCCCUAUACGCGGCCCUCUCCCUCUCCAGCCAUCGCUCAACCACCUCUCUGUCCUCUCUUCUCUCGCCGGCGAGCCCUUUAUACGUCGAUUGGUACUGUUUUGCUGUCGUUCGGAGGCGAGCGAGCGUGGCAGCGGGCAGGUCGAACUCCCUCUAGAUCUCCGGGGUCAUGCUGUCCUCUCGAUCCAUCUCACCACCGGCACGUGAUUGCCUACCGACGACUGGCCCGAUUGGGGGCCGCACCUGCCCUGUUACAUAUCACCCACGUCACCCGGCCUUUCUGCUUCUUUCCUCCGCCCACGCCAUACUUGACGGCAAGCACCAUUUCCCGCACCAGACGUCUCGCAACCGACAAUCACCAUGAGCAGCGAUACCGACGUUCUCGUAGCUCUUAACCUGCACGAAUCAGAAUGGGUCUACAUCGUAUUCAUCACUGCCGCCGAGAUCGAAUUCAAGCCGGCUGAGGACGAGGAUAACGAAGAUGAGGACUU